CAGCUGUAAAACUUAAACCUAUUUUCCCUCUUUCUCUCGCCAGCUUCUUGGGGUCAGCGUGGACCACUGGGGAUGAGCUCGGGUGGCAGUGGCUUGGACACAGCUGAGGCAGAUUUGGAGCACUGGGUGGCUGAAAGUGUCUCCAAGGCAUUGAUGAGGCAACAAGGGAUGCAGCUGAAACAGUGCCAGGAUGCUCCCACAAGAGUUCAAAGUGAAGAUUUGUCACAGGUGCCCCCAAACAGAUUUCCAGGAUUGCUGCAAGAGGAUGAGACAGCAAUAAUCCAUGAGCCCAGCAAGUUUUGGGGACAAGAGGAAAUAUUGGGCCAGGAUGGGCAGGAGGAUGGAAACCUUGGGGAAAAGGAGGACCAGGAAAAGGGAAGAGGUGGUGGCAGUGAGGUGGGCGAAGCUGCAGGAAGUCUGGAUUUGGGGUGGGAUAAAAUGUCCGGGGACCAUGGGUCUCCAGGGGAAACAGCAGCUCAGGAUGAAGAGGAGUCCCUGGGAAGUGGUAGAGCUGAAGUACUGGAGCCUAGGCAGGGAGAACAGGAGGGUGGGAUUCAUGUGGUGGGCGAGAGCAGGACAGGGGAAGGAAACAACACACCAGGAUCUUUGGGGGAAACUCAAAAUGUGCAAGAAAACAGGGAGGCAACUGCAGGGCUGGAAGUUCAGGUGGAAGCAGUGAAGUUGGAUAUGGGAGAUGGAAAUGGCCAGGGAAGAAGUCGGAGCGAGGAUGAGGAGGAAGGAGGAACCAGCAAAAAUUAUGGUGAGCCAGACAGGGCUGGAGGAAGCGGUGAUGAGCAGGGAGGCCCAGAGGGAGACACGGAAAGCCAGGAGGGAUCCAGGAGCCCAGAAGAGGAUGUAGCCAGCAUCAAUACUGGUCCAGAGCAGUUCCCUGUGGAACCCAGGAUCUGCAGCACAUCGGAGCAGGAUGACGGCAGCAGCUGCCAGACCUCCAGUCUGCAGAAUGGGCAACCCCUGGGGGUCAAGCUCAUGGAGGAAGGAACAGAAUCCAUUUGUGAAGGAGAAGAGGAGGAGGAGGAAGUGGAAGAGAGUGAAGCUGAUACAGACAUUGAAGCUGCCUUGGCUCCUUUCUCCAAAAAGCCAAAAUCAAGGGAUCAGCAGAGUGAGGCAGAUCUUCAAAGGCUCCCAGAUCUCUGGGCUGACGCAGAGGAAGAAAGCAAAGAUGACAGCUUGCAUGAUAAAGACGACUUUUAUGACUGAUGUGAGAAGGGCAGAAAAAAACAAGAUAGAAAAAUAAUAGUAAUAGCCCAAGAGUUCAGCUCCCUGCACCGUAAGAACGGAUGAACUGUCCUGUUGGAUGAGGCCAAGGGCUCACCUAGUCCAUUUCCCAGGGAAAUGAUAUAUAAUGAAUUGAAAAAGAUGUUCAAAAUAACUUUCAUUUUAAAAAAACUCCAGAAGCUUUUCUUUUGGGAAUUAUAGGGACAGAACUACCUAAAUUGUAUAGAAAUUUAUUUAUGUAUGUUACUACAGCAGCAAGAAUGUUACUUGCCCCAAAAUGGAAAGAAGCAGAAGUCCCAGUAAAGGAAGAAUGGAUUCAAAAACUUAUGGAAUAUGCAGAAAUGGCUAAACUUACCAGAAGAAUAAGAAAUCAAGAUAACAAACUUUUUAUAAAAGAAUGGAAAUGGUUUAUUGAAUUUUUACAGAUAAAUUCUAAACAGAUUGAAACAUUAGCAGGAUUAUUGUAAUAACCUGCAGUUUUAUAAGACUAUAUAUUUACCUUAGAUAAUUAAAUGAGUAAAUUAAAUGAAUUUUGAUAUGCAGAAGGUAUGAAAAAAAUUAAGGAACCGCAGAAAGAGGGGGAAGGAAGUCAAAAUUUGAAAUGUUAAAUGGAUUGGAAAAUUAAUGAAAUGUAUAUAUUUGAAAAGUAUAAAUAAAAAACUAAA